AUGCCAGGUCUUCCGUCUACCGUAGACCUCGAUGAGUGUAUAUCGCGGCUCUCCAAGAAGGAGCUGCUGGCCGAGUCCGUAGUCGAGGCAAUAUGCGCAAAGACAAAGGAGCUUCUUAUGAAGGAGAGUAAUGUCGUGCACAUCAGAGCACCCGUGACAGUCGUCGGCGACAUCCACGGCCAGUUCUUCGACAUGAUGGAGAUCUUCAAGAUCGGAGGACCAUGUCCAGACACAAACUAUCUUUUCUUAGGAGAUUACGUCGAUCGCGGCCUCUUCUCUGUCGAAACUAUCUCCCUCCUGGUCUGCUUGAAGCUUCGAUACCCGCAUCGAGUGCACCUCAUUCGCGGCAACCACGAGUCUCGAGGCGUCACCCAAUCGUACGGCUUCUACACCGAGUGUUCACGGAAAUACGGCAACGCAAACGUGUGGCAUCAUUUCACCGACAUGUUCGACUUCCUGACGCUGUCAGUUGUCAUCAACGACCAGAUCUUCUGCGUACACGGCGGCCUGUCACCUUCCAUACAUUCCAUCGACCAAAUCAAAAUCAUCGAUCGCUUCCGAGAAAUCCCACACGAAGGUCCGAUGGCAGAUCUGGUAUGGAGCGAUCCAGACCCCGAGCGAGACGAGUUCUCGCUCAGUCCCCGGGGAGCUGGGUACACCUUCGGCGCACAAGUUGUGAAGAAGUUCCUGGAAGUGAACGCUAUGUCGCAUAUCCUACGAGCACACCAACUCUGCCAGGAGGGCUUCCAGGUCCUCUUCGAUGACAGAUUGAGCACUGUAUGGAGUGCUCCCAACUAUUGCUACCGUUGCGGGAACAUGGCGAGCGUGUUGGAGGUCAGCGACACCGGCGAACGCUUCUUCAAUGUCUUCGAUGCAAGCCCUGACAACGAUGUACAUAGAGCUGAGCAGCAGCAACAGCAGGGCAAGGAGGUGACAACAGAGUACUUCUUAUGA